AAAAUGAGAAAGUGUUUAAAAAAAAAAAAAAAGAAUGAUUUUUGACUGUUGGAUAAUAUUUAGAUCUAACGGUUGAUAUCACAUCUGAUUCAUUAAAAUUUCUCCAUGUUUACAUUAUUUGCCCUUUUGGAGUUUUUCGAUUUUUUUUACGCUGCACUCUUCUCUCUCUCUCUCCUCCUUGGAAGCGCGCUCUGAGUUCACCAUUGAAGCGACUUCUGAACUUUCUCUUCUCCAUUGAAGCAGUUUCUAAGGUCCUAAGUCUCUAUGUAGAUACCCAGGGUCAAGAACUAACCGAAGUGCUGAGGUACUUGGAGGAGAUCCAUACAGCUCAUGCAUAUUGGUUGACAUUUCUCGUUUUCUUGACAAAGAUUCUAAGUUAUGGAGUGCAACAAAGAAGAGGCCUUGAGGGCUAAGGAUAUUGCUCUGAAGAAAUUGGAAGCAAAAGACUUUCCAGGGGCUCGUAAGUUUGCUUUAAAGGCUCAGCAGCUUUAUCCUGAUAUGGAGAAUAUUGCUCAGAUGAUUUGUGUUUGUGAUGUGCACUGCUCAGCAGAGAGCAAAAUGUUUGGAAGUGAAUCAGACUGGUAUGGCAUUCUUCAAAUUGAACAGAAAGCAGAUGAUACAUUAAUUAAGAAGCAAUAUCGCAAGUUUGCUCUUCUUCUUCACCCUGACAAGAACAAAUUUUCUGGCGCUGAAGCUGCAUUCAAGUUGAUUGGGGAGGCUCAGAGAGUGCUUCUGGAUAAGGAAAAAAGGUCAUUCUAUGACAUGAAAUGCAAAGCAUCUUGUCAACCAGUAAGACAAAACCAGCCUCCUCAGCAGAGAAGUAGGAAUCUCAACACUGGUAAAACAGCAAAGGCUCAAAACAAUGUUAAAAGCAAUUCUAAUUCACAUGUCAAGGAUUUUAAUUUUACACAUCAAGAGCCAAAAAAGCAGCCUCAAUCAGAAGCUGCCAACGGGAAGGAGACCUUCUGGACCCAAUGUCCUUUUUGUGCAGUUCGUUAUCAGUAUUACAAGGAAGUUCUGAAUAGAGCUCUCCGUUGUCAGCAUUGCAAGAAGCCCUUCAUUGCCUAUGAUAUGCUUGCUCAAGGUACACGACCUGGAUCUGAUGCAACUCAGCCUGUAUUUUCUGGUCAAAACAUUCCUAAUGCGAAUGCCAUGGGAUCAGAGACUGUGAAUGAGAAGCAUGCUUCUGAUGGUGGGGUUCUGGCUGGGAAAUAUGCAGAAGCAAGUCGAUCACAGAAAUCCAGGCAGGCACCUAAAGGUCCAAAUAAAGUGGAUGUGGAACAGACAUGUAAGCCCUCCAGGAAUGUAAACAGUAAGAGAGGGAAGAAGCAUGAGGAAGAGUCUAGUGAAAGUUUUGGAUCAGAUAGUAGCCUGGAGUCUGAAGAGAUAGAAACACAAACAGACGCAGAUUCUCUGAGGGCGCAACAAUUUGACAGUGAUGGUGAUUGCUGCACUAGAAGAUCAAGGCGGAACAAACGGCACGUGUCAUACAAUGAAGAUGCAAGUGAUGAUGAGCAUAUCAUGAACCCUUCAAAAAAGGCAAAGGACAAUGGACCACCUUGUCCCACAACAGAAGAAAAUGUAGAUGCUUCAGAAAAGAGACAACAGUCUGACCCAUCAAAGAUAUUUGCUUCUGCUUCUUUGAAAGAGAGCAAGGGAGAGUGCAGUAAGUUAGAUGGAAGUGAAAAUGGGGUUGAGUCAACCAAGAAAGGCUUCGAAGCUGAUGAUGACUUCACAUUGUCUAGCCCUGAAACAACGCCUGAGCCAACGUUUCAUGAAUAUCCAGACCCGGAAUUUAGCGAUUUUGACACGCUUAGAGAAGAGCAGUACUUUAGACUUGGACAGGUUUGGGCUGCUUAUGAUACUACAGAUGCGAUGCCUAGAUUCUAUGCCAAGGUCAGGAAAGUUUUUUCUCCUGGCUUUAAGCUGCAGAUAACUUGGCUUGAAGCUAACCCAGAUGAUGUGUGUGGAAAACAAUGGGUGAAUUCUGAGAUGCCAAUCUCUUGUGGUAAAUUCAAACAUGGUGAUUCGGAAAUUACAGAAGAUCGUCUUAUGUUCUCCCAUGAGGUUUGUUGGGACAAAGGCGGUCGUAAAGAUUCUGUCUUGAUAUAUCCUAAAAAAGGAGAGACAUGGGCCAUUUUCAAGAAUUGGGAUGCUGAAUGGUAUUUAAUUCCAGAAAGUGGCAGAAAGUUUGAAUAUGAAUUUGUUGAAAUACUGUCUGAUUAUGAUGAAACUGUUGGGAUAUAUGUUGCACAGUUGGGUAAGCUGAAGGGUUUUGUUUGUCUGUUUUGCCGAAAAGAUGAAAGUGAAUUACAAAUACCGCCUGCUGAGAUCCUUAAGCUCUCCCACAGGGUACCUUCGUUUAGAAUGAGCGGUAAUGAGAGGGUAAAUGUUCCUAAGGGUUCAUUUGAGCUUGACCCAGCUUCUAUAACCUUGAACCUUGAAGAAAUCACCCUUUCUCAAUCAAAUGGAAACACUUGCUUUGUUGGGGAAUCCACUAAAUUAGAAGUGAAUCCUGGUGCAAAGGCUGCUAAAAAUUCAUUGCCUAGUUACUGUGAUAAUGGUAAGGGUAAUCAGGUGCAUGGGAGCAAAUUAAAUACUUAUGUUAUUGCUCAAGACAUUCCAGAUCCAGAAUUUUACAACUUCGAUGACCUGAAAUCCAUUAAGAAGUUUCAACUAAAUCAGGUUUGGGCUUUGUACAGUGAUACUGAUGGCUUGCCAAAAUACUAUGGCAUCAUUAAAAAAAUUGAUGUUCUUCCACAAUUCAAGGUGCAAAUAGCCUGGCUGGAAGCCUGCACUUCGCCAGCUGAUAUGAUUCUAUGGAAGGUAAAGGGGAUGCCAAUUUCUUGUGGGCAGUUUAAGAUUAAAAGUAACAAAGUUCAAACAUAUACAGGAAAUAGUUCCUUUUCUCAUGAAAUACGUGCAGAUCCAACGGUAAGAAAGAAUGUGUAUGAUAUCUAUCCACGAAAAGGUGAGAUAUGGGCUCUUUACAAGAACUGGAAUGCUUCUAUGGUAGUUGCAGACUUGCAGAAGUGUGAUUACGACAUUGUGGAAGUCCAAGAGGACAAUAGUUCACAUAUUAAAGUUUUGUUCUUAGAGCGUGUUAGUCCUUUCUACUCAGUUUUCAAGCCACAGACGAAUAUUCACACUAGAGAGAUCUCCCGAUAUGAACUGCUUAGAUUCUCCCAUCAGAUUCCUUCUUUCAGGCUCACAGAUCAGAAAGAUGGUAGUUUAAGAGGCUUUUGGGAGCUUGAUCCUGCUGCAUUCCCCACUCAAUCUCUGUACAAAUCGUAGGGCAGUUCUUAUCUUUUGAUGACUCGUUUUUGCUGUUGUAGCUGCAAUGCAUCUCAACUUGAUGGGAUUUGAAAUGCUGGAAACUAUCUUAAAAGAACCCUUUCAGAUCUGAUAUAAUUUGCAGGCGCAUCAAACGAUUGGGGCAUGGAUAUGAUCCUUCACCUGGUGAGGGUCUGCUGUCUUGUGCCACAUUAUUUCUAACUCUUGAUAUCAUGGCAAGUCUUGCCUUUUUUAUUGAACAGGUAAUUAAGGGAGCUAAGUAGGUGGAAGCGAACUAUUUGCUAAUGUUAGCUACAUGUUAAUUGUAAAGUCUCAUUCCAACAGAAACAGUACAUUUUCUGUUAUCAUGGUGUUGAAAUUAUGCUUUGGUAGGUUAACUGCAUUCAGUCAAUAGUUUAGCUAUUGCAGUUACAUUCGUAUGUAUGGUUUCCAUUUAUAUGCAUCUGAUGUUAGUGGGCUAAUCCUGUGAAUUAUUCAUAUUGUUUUCCGGCUCUUCCAUAAUUUUUUAAGGUUUCUAUGGUUUGAAAGCCAUAACAACUGUUUGUCUAUGACAUCUGCUUUGAUCAUGGUUGCUGAAAUAAAUAUACAGGCUCUGCAGUAGUUUGGCUA